AUGGCCUCAGAGAGUAUCGACGGAGCUACCAAUAACGAGAGGCUGCUCGCAGCUGCGCGGCUUGACAAUGAGGAUAUGCUCCUUGACGUCUUCGAGAAAGGCGGGUUCGACAUAAACUUCCAGGACGGUCUCGGUAACACAGCGCUGCACUACGCCGCAUCAAACGGCUCGCUAGACGUCUUGGAGCACAUCCUAUCUCAUGAGGAAUGCGACGUCGAUCCUAUCAACCGACUAGAGAAAGCCACGCCGCUACAUCUAGCUGUUCAGAUUGAAGAUCCAGAGGUGAGGAAGGCCGUGGUGGAGAGCCUCCUGGAAGCUGGCGCCGAUGUCACGAUUAAGGAUAAGAACGGAGACACCGCGGCGGACCUGCUUAAGCCAGAAGACACCGAGAUACGCGCCCUGUUCCGCAAAGCACAAGCGCAGAAAAGCGUGUCUCGGGAUGAUAUUGCGUCUGAUGACGAGGGAGAGGAAGGUUCUGGCUCUGGAUCUGGGACUGAUGAAGAAUAG